AUGUCUCAAAGACGAACCUCAAGAAUGCAGAGGGUGAUGCCGCUGCCUCUCCUCCUGCUUGCUCUUCUAUGUGUUGCUGGCAGCGAGGACUGUGGAUCAGAGGAGUGUGUGCUGGAAGUGUUGCAGCCGAUUCGCACAUGUGGCGAGUGGUGCCAGGGAGCCGAGUCGGCAAAAUGUUUGAUAAACCAAAGCCUGAUGCCGUGCCGCGGCUCUUUCUGCGAAACCAACUGUUUGCGAUGGUCUCGAUCAGUCCUGGCUGAUCUUCGAAGAGUGAAGGUCACGUGCCGAGAGUUUUCCGAUUUUGCAUCAUACCCUCGAGGCGCUUUGAUUUGCAAGGAGGAGUGUCUUCUUCCAGAAAUUCGGCCCGAGCGGUAUCCGCUUCCCACUGGCGUGGGUUUGCUUUGCAGACCUCACUCUUGUGAUCCAGCCGUGCAGCAAAGGUACAAAGGUGUAGCCUGGGCCCAGACUCCUGGGGUGGUUGAGCUCGAAUGCCCAUGCAAUUGGUUCGGCUCGGACUGCCAAGACGACUGGGUACCCGUCCUUCGAGUCGAGAAGCGUGGAUUGGGAGCCUUUCAGUUGCUCCACCUGCACGUGGAGCCGCAUCUCUGGCAUCGCCUCAUGAAGGACUACAGGCCCGGCAGUAUCGUCAGACUGCAGCAUUUGGAUGCGAAUGGUGUCGCCCGCGAGCAGCCCUACGCCCUCGGCUUUGGCAGCGAAGGUGCCGAGGGCAGCCUGGAAAUUCUGACUGGGCCCCCACCAGAAGGCCUGAACAGCGUGGUUGUCGAGGUGGCGCACGCGGUACGGAAACUCACCUCAGGGCCGGUUCAGGGGCUCUUUGUGAACCCUGCGAUCGCCGGUUUCUUCAAUGGCCAUUACCGCUUCCUUUUUGAGUCUCUGGCCUCCGCGCCCGAGGUGCGUCGCGUGGUGCUGGUGUCCUCCGGCGUGGGCUUAUCUGGGGUGAAGGCUGCACUCUUGCAGUUGCUGGCCAAGCCACUGGACUGGCCUCUGGAGAUCCACCUCUUCUAUGGGCUUCGAGACGUCAGGGAUUUGCCUUACAAGGAGCAGCUGGAAGCUUGGGUUCUGGCGGGCCAUCUCAGCCUCACACUGCUGGUUUCAGGCCAGCGGCAGGGCGUCGAAGGUGUUCUCCAAGACGCAGUCGAGAGAGGUGUUUCGAUGGCGAAGAUGUUGGCUUCAAACGCUGAUGCGCUUCCGGCGCGUCUAGUACAGCUGCUGCCGUCAGGAAGGCUGUAUCCCCAACAAGCACUGGCGAUAGAACUUGCGGCAGGAUCUCUUCGCUCUGCGUCGCUCCGGGACACUGCCGUGGUGAUCUGCGGACGGUAUGAAUUGCUACGGGACACGCCGGUAGCAUUGCAGGCCGUUUCAGCUUCAAGUGUGUUCCUGCGAGUCAGCGAGUCUGAAAUGGGCCUUUUAUGGGGAGGCAGUGUGUCGGCUGGACGAGGCCUCCUGCGCCGCCCUCGCAAAGGCAUGCUUUUCGCUUUGCGCCACGGCGAGUUGUUCGAGGCAUUGAAGCAUCCGCUUCCCUGGACGGAUUUGCCCAGACACCGCCUUUCAACAAUCGUUGGGAUUGAUCACCUGCUGGACCAGGAGUACAUGAAGUGGCUCUUUGACCAGCUGGAAGGUCCAGUCUAUGCCGUCCACGGGUGGGAAGAUCGCGACGACAUCACAGUUGUGGACGUGCCGCAGGACUGCAUCGGAUACGUAACCGGCAACCGAAGAGCUGCACUGGGUGGCAUCGAGGAGGAGUGGGGUACCUUGAUGUUCUUCAUGAACAAGGAUGGCGGUAGCACCAAGGGUCGAGGCCGCGGCGGCUCAGAGCAGCUGGCGAUCUUCGGUAGCGAGCGCUCGCGGCGUGGUGCUGAGCUCAAGGUGAUGAGUGCUGUGGAGACUAAAGCUCCUGGAACUUUCACUCGCGGCAUCCGCGAGAAGUUCAGUGACGAGAAGGGCUUCUCCACAGACCGCAUGAUCUUCAGGGACGAUGAGUUGAGCUAUGCUUUAGGCCGCCAUUCGCCAUCCGGGAGCAAAGGGGGGAGGAGGAUAGAUCUCAGUCUGUAUGUCAAGCCAGCUUCUGGGUAG